ACUGACAUUUUAUUAUGUUGACGUUACACUGCCUGGGAGCUUUCAAAACUGCAAAAAUGUGAUAAAAGCCGAAUUGUGUUGAAGUGUGAGGUGAAUGUGACUUAAAAGAUGCCAAAACAACUCGAUGAAAUGUAUAUUAAAUGACAAAAACAUCUAAUAGUUUUCGAGCUUUGACUAACUUUAGUAAUAAUGCGUUUUAAUAAACAAGAACUUAUUGCACUUGCUACUCAACCUUCGACAAAAUUUGAAAAGGAAGGGAUUCUUUAUAUUCGGGAAAGACAAGAAGGAUUUUUCAGAAAAUCUGAGAUAAGUUUGGAAAGAUGGUGUCGUUUGAGGGGAAACCUUUUGUUUUACUUCAAAAACAAGGAUCCAUGGUCGGAACCGUUGGGUGUGGUGGUCUUGGAACAGUGUCAAGUCAGGAUAGACCCGCCCAUGGCUUCGCCACCAUUGACAGCUGAUGGGCACUUUCCUUUUUAUUUGGUUUUUGAUGGUGGCCUAUGCCAAGCCCUGGCGUCCACUUCAGAUGUGGAACGCUCAAGCUGGAUGGACACGAUAAGAACGGCAAGUUACGAAGGCGUAAGGGCCGAAUUGAACGCCUUGAGGCAAUGCUUGGAAAGAAGAAGGAACCACAAACCAAACGUGGAUUUGCACACCUGGAGGCUGCAGCAAGCUCAUGUUUUCGAUAUAACCGAAGUUCCACUAUGUGAAGUGUCUUUCUCCUGCGACAAUUUGCUUUGCGAUGGCCACGGUAUGCCGCCCAAUCCAACGUUGGUGGUGCAUGUUUACAUGCCGACCAGUAAAAUUUGGGUCUUGUAUGGUAGAACGGAAAUUGUCGAGAAAUGCAGCAACCCAGGUUUCCUCUGCACGGUGUCGUUCCGCUCGUCGGACGGCCUGUCCGGCGACUCGCGCGUGCGCUUCACCGUUUUCGACGUCAGAGAGCGCGUGUCGGAAACGGCGCUGCCUCUCGGCGCCGCCUGCGUCCUGCUGGGCGCCGUGCAGGACUCCUCCAGGCUGAGGAUACCGCUGAUGUCGCGCUCGCAGACCACGGCGGGCUUCCUGACGAUCAGCGCUUGGUGCCUGGAGGCGGAGGACAGAGGGAGCAGCACGGAGCACACCCCGUUGAGGGCGCCUGCGCAUCAGAAUCCGCAGGUUUGGUCUCAUAGAAGAUCUCAAUCACUUCCACCCCGCUUGGGUGUAAAAAUGCGUUUUCCAAAUCAGUCAGAGUUAAAACUUUUGUACACUUCACCAUCAAUACAAACCUACAGGUUUCACUCCGGUCUUGGGGGUGACAUUUGCGUUCACGAACUCAUGGCAGAGAGCAGGUCGUGUUUUCCAUUUCCCAACCAAAUACUGGACGUUUGGAUCCAGCAGGAGAAGGAGCUGCUGCAGGAGGUGGCGGGCAUGGGAGAGCUGCGCGAGCCGUGGCACUCGCGGCAGGUGGAGCUGCUCGACCGGCACCUGCACCUGCUGCGGCUGUACUCGCAGGCCAAGGAGAACCUGCAGGCGCACAAGGGCGCCGCCUUCAAGCCGAGCAGCAGGAAGUCGGACAGGAGCCUGGAGUUCGCGCCCGUCAACCUGCACCUGCAGCGGAUGUGGGUGCACAACGACACGCUCAACAAGACCGGCUUCUACGAUUGGAUAACCGUCGGGGCUUUCACCGCGCAUUCGCACAAGUCCAAGAAUGGAGGAUUGAUCAAGUUGGUGCAACAAAUCAAGGAAUCUCCUGCCAAAUCCACCACAAACUACCAGAUAUCCACCAAAAUUUCCAUGGCGAACGACGCUAUACAAGCGAUCAAGCAGCUGCGCAAAGAGGUGGUGGAGGCGAUGAGGACGCUGAUGCGGCUGGCGAAGGAGAAGCGGACCGACGGCAUGCUGCCGAUCUGCGAGGACAUGAUCGGCAAGACGCGCAUCCUGCUCGGCCUGUGGGACCCCGGGCUGGUCGAGCAGGCGCUGAACUUCGUCGAGGAGCACAAGCUGACCGCGGCCGCGUCGUCGGACGACUCGGGCGUCGGCGAGGAUCUGAGCUCGGAGCGGCCGAGCCUGAUCCUGUCGCCGUUCAAGCGGAUCACGCAGCAGCUGACGUCGCUGGAUCUGAAGAGUCCGGACCUGGACGACUUCGCGACGCCCUGCACGCCGAGGAACGUCGACGACCUGUGGAAGGUGCCGAGCGAUCGUUCCGAGCAUUUGUUGAACACCAGCGAAGGCGUGAAAAGCCUUUGUUCCAACAUGCAAAGCCCCGACGAGACGAACUUCGUGAUAUUCCCCGACUGCGAAGACCCGCACCCUGCGGAAGCGGCCGACCCGGACGCGUCCGGCCCGAACCGGCUCGCCAACGGGACCGGAUGCGGGCGCGCGAGCCGCGCGCGCGCCGAUCCCGACUCGGGGCGCGCGUUCCUCGACACGGCCGCCAUGUGCAGCUCGCCGUCCGCCAACUACUACAAGCCGACCGACGAGCCGGAACCGUGGGACAUCACGCAGCUGAACAUCGAGGCGAGCGUGAUGUGCCUGGUGAGCAAGGUGAAGUUCCUGUGCGGGCGGUGCGGCAGCCCGGCGGUGCGGCUCAAGCAGAACGUCAAACCGAUCAAGAAGGUGGUAAUCAUGGAGCAACCGGGGCAUGCCAUGAUCCAAAAGGAAACGGAGGCUGUGACGAAAGCUGUGACGAAAGUCGUACGGAACGGUAACAAGUUCACGGACGGUCUGGAUUUGAACAAGAUCAACGAUUGGGCGGCCGAACUGAGGCCCAGCAUGCGAAAACUAAGGCAGGCCAUGGACGGUUUGUUGAAGACCGCGCGCCUGACGCAUUCGGUGUUUAGGGUGCAAGAAGACCCCAAGGCUGCGCAGCGGGUUUUGAAUGUGCAGUACAGGAGGGACGUGUGUUUUUCUCAAGCACUAACAUCGCUGGUAAGCGGUCUGAUGACGCGCCUGUGGUGCCACAAGGCGGACCCCGCCUUUGUAACCCUCCUAUCGACUCUAGGCCCGCUAGCCAGCUUCGAAGGCUUACUCAGCUACUACGGCAACGAAAUAGACAUGUGGGGCGACAUGUCCGUAGCCGUGGAAGACCUCCGAACGGUCCUCUUCACCCUCGCCAGGUGCCCGGCGGACCCGCAACCCGCCCCGAAGGUCACCGGAAGCCGGAACUCCCUCGCGGUGAGCCUUCCGGUGCCGGACGCGCUCUACCGGCUGAUCCCCGCCCGGCAGACGGUGUCGUUCCGCGUGACGCCGGUGUUCUUCAACGUGGGCAUCAACGAGAUGGCAACCGUGGCGGAGGAGACGGGCUGCACCAGGCCGCAGGAGCGCUCCAACGUGGACAACUUCGAGCGGCUGAACGAGUACUACCUGCGGUACAGGAAGUUGAGCAUGCCGGACGUUUGGCAGAGCAACGGGAGGACCGCGGCCUGCUCCGCGCAGCUGAAGCCUCUGGGGGAUUUGGUCGGGGAUCUCAGGGCUUCGGUGAACAGCGGGAGGGCCAAGAACGUGGAGAUUCUGCACUUGGCGGCCAUAAUAUGCAGACAAAUGAGAGGUUUAAGAUAUACGAGCUGUAAAAGUGCCAAGGACAGAACCGGAAUGUCAAUUACGUUAGAAGAGUGCCAAAUAUUAGCCGACGAGUACCACUUAGCCGAGCACGAGUUUCAGAAGGCCUUAGAUUGCCUAAGAAGCGAGGGGUCUCGAAGGGAAAACACCUUAAAAAACAUAAACGUGCGCAAAUACGCUUUUAACUCCCGACAGUUGCAUUCGUUACCUAAAAAAUAUCGACCUCCACCUGGUACCUACGGAUCCGCACAGACUUAG